AUGUCUCUGGGUUAUGAGCUGUUGGUUGAUAGCAAUCGGAUACCUGAAGCUGCAUUGAUGGCUCGCUCUUAUCUUCCUAGUAAAGUGUCAGAAAUCGUGGCUCUUUGGAGAAAGGACCUCAAUAAGAUUAAUCAGAAAGCAGCUGAAUCUCUGGCUGAUCCUGAAGAAUAUCCGAAUUUAUUUGAGGACUGGCAAAUUGCACUUGAUGUUGAAUCUAGAGUUGCUGAGACACUGGGCAAUUAUCCUCCAGCAGCUGAAUAUGUACAGCAUAUUGAUAGAUCAACAGCAAGCCUUGUGGAAACUUUUAGAAACAUGCAAAUGCACGAAGAAGAACCUCUGGAAAAUGGAAGCUUGGAUCAUGAGGUUGCAGAGCAGAAUGGAGAAGAGGCACAAGAGGUGGGGGAAGAUGAUGCAGAGGAAGAGGGGCAUGAGGAGGGCCAAGAAGAGGCUGUCGUGGUGGAUGCUGAUUUAACAGAUGUUGCUUUUUUUUUGCUGUGCUUACACCACGUCACUAGGUUCACUCAUGACAGUUGGAACCUGCUGAUUGUGAGACUCCUUAAGGUAUUCUAUAGGCGAUCCAGUGAUAUAGCGUGGUGUCAUUUUGUAGCUCAAGUAAUUUUGUCUUUGAACGCAUUGUAG